AUGGCUGGUACUCAACCGCUGGCCAGCGUUGGGCGCCGGUUCCGGAUUCGCAGCCUCCUGGCCCGACAGUGCCUGGCAGAGUUUCUGGGUGUGUUUGUGCUCUUGCUCCUCACUCAGGGUGCUGUGGCCCAGGCUGUCACUAGUGGAGAAACCAAAGGCAACUUCUUCACCAUGUUUCUGGCUGGCUCUCUGGCUGUUGUCAUAGCCAUCUAUGUGGGUGGCAAUGUCUCAGGGGCCCACAUGAAUCCAGCCUUCUCCUUGGCCAUGUGCCUCCUGGGACGCCUCCCCUGGGCCAAACUCCCCAUCUACUCCUUGGUGCAGCUGCUAUCUGCUUUCUGUGCUUCGGGUGUCACCUAUGCUCUCUACUAUGAUGCCCUACAGAACUAUACAGGUGGGAACCUGACAGUGACCGGCCCCAAGGAGACAGCCUCUAUUUUUGCCACCUACCCAGCCCCCUAUCUGACCCUGAACAAUGGCUUCCUGGAUCAGGUUCUAGGUACUGGGAUCCUGAUUGUGGGCAUCUUGGCCAUCCUGGAUACACAGAACAAAGGAGUGCCUGCAGGCUUGGAGCCUGUAGUGGUGGGGCUGCUGAUCCUGGUCAUUGGGCUAUCCAUGGGUGCCAACUGCGGGUUCCCACUCAAUCCUGCCCGGGACCUAGGCCCACGACUUUUCACCUACGUGGCUGGCUGGGGCCCUGAAGUCUUCAGUGCUGGUAAUGGCUGGUGGUGGGUGCCUGUGGUGGCCCCCUUGGUGGGGGCCGUGCUUGGCACAGCCACAUACCAGCUGCUGGUGGCUCUGCACCACCCUGAGGAAUCAGAACCAGCUCAGGAUCUGGAGUUUGCCCAACACAAAGCCUCAGACUUAGAAACUCCUGCUUUAGCUCAGAUGCUGGAGUGUAAGCUAUGA